AUGCUCAGCUCGAGCUCUGUUGUGGCAGACACCAUUUCAUCCAUGAUAAUUAUUGACUAUGACGAAGAUUCAUUAACUGUUAUAGGACUUCCCGAAGAAGACCUUUUCAGAGAAUUCCCGGAUUUAGAUUUUACAGUAGACAUUAAUAUAGAGGGGGAAACAACUGUAGAAGAUGAAAGUAGUACGGAGUUUGACACAACUUCUCUAUGGAGUAGCGCAGAUUCAGAUUUGACAAGAACGGCGGAAAUUAGGCCACAGACCAGGGGUGAACUCAAUCUAGAUUCUGAUAAUGAUUGGCAUUUUGGUACGAUACCCUCAUAUUCCCUUCCUUCUCCUAACAUUCUCUCCUCAAAUGAAAUAUUUAGGACCACUAGAGGAAUACUUCCUAAUCAAAUCCACCAGAAUUAUGAACAAUUAUCACCUCUAGCGGUAGGAACCAGUCUGACAAUAAGCACUUCUUUGAACGAGCUCGGUAAUCAUCUAUUUCUGCACUUGCUGGAAAAUAAGGAAAAUACAGACAAUACUCACGUGUAG